UAAAAAGUAAACAUUGACGUGAUGAAGAUGUUGUCCUUAACACAGCCUGUUAAUUGGGUUCAACAAACAGUCUACGCAUGGUUUUUCCGUGUAAAGACAACAGCGUUAAAAGUGGUUAUUGUCCUGGGUAUUUUAAUUAUUCUGUUGUGGUUAUCAACCUUUUUCUAUGGCACUUUUUACUAUGUUUACAUGCCACCACUAUCACACACGAAGCCAGUCCAUUUACAAUUCAGGUCUGACUGUGAUAUGCGUGAGAGUUUGUGCUCGUUUCCGUCAGCAAAUGUCACAUUUGGCAAAAUUGGUGAUCCCCAGAUGUUAAUGCCUGGUCAGCCAUACAAAGUUCAUGUCGAGAUUGAAAUGCCAGAGUCUGAAGUGAAUCAAAAUUUAGGAAUGUUUAUGGUGAUCAUAAAUUUCUAUAGCAAAGAUGGAGAAGUUGUGAAAUCAUCUCACCGAUCUGUGAUGCUGCGCUACCGCUCGUUGUUGCUACGGAAGCUGCGCACGUUCUGCUAUGCGCCGUUGAUGCUGCUCGACACGAUGGAGGAGAAGCAGCUGCAGCGCGUCGAGCUCUUCGACCGUUACCUCGACGACGCCUAUAAACCAGCAACAUGGGAGGCCUUGACAUUGAGGUGUCAGUCAAAGCACAUGCCACAUUACAUCGGCAGUGCUGGUGUCCACUAA